UUUAUUACAAUCGAGCAGAGGCACAAAACACUGAGCAGAAUCGGAUGUGGUCAUCUGUUGUUUUGGAUUGAUCGACCCAAACCGUGCAGGACGUUGCGUUGCAGGACCCCUGGACAGAAAGAGGGACCAGACCGGGCCGAUACCUUGAUUCAGUGCGUAGCUGAAGGUACCCAGAAUCUCUACUGCUGCUGCUGUUGUUGUUGUUUUUGUUGUUGUUUCGUACCGUUAUUCAGAAACAUGUUGGACCCGCCCUGAAAACACACGGACACAUUGAUCCUCGCUCGGAUAACGCCUUCCGUCAACAUGCACUCCUGCACCACAUCUGCCGCUCUGCUGUGUCUGCUGGCGGGGGCCAUGGCAGCUGUUCAGACCCCCCACGCAGUGUUCCUGGACAAACAGCAGGCGAGCUCCGUGAUCUCCCGCCAGAAGAGGAACGUUGACGGCACUUCCACCCUGGAGCAGGUUUGCAUGGAGAAAGUGUGCAGCUACGAGGAGGCCAGAAAGAUCUUCCAGGACUCGUACCGCACGGAUAUCUUCUGGGCUGUCUACAUUGACGGAGACCAGUGCGCAGAGAAUCCCUGCAAGAAUGGAGCCAUGUGUUCGGAUAGCGUGGGAGGCUACGACUGCGUCUGCAAGUCGGGUUUCACAGGGGUCCACUGUGAAAAUGACCAGACCCUGUGCACCUUGGAGAAGAACAAGGGGUGCUCCCAGUUCUGCAAACCUGGCUACACGUCCUAUGAGUGCUCCUGCGCACGCGGAUGGAAGCUGAGCCGCACGACCAGGGACAAGUGUGAGCCGGCAGUCUCUUACCCGUGUGGUCACGUCAACAGCCUGGGGCAGUGGGACAGCAGAGUUUCCAGCAAUGUUCGCAGCGACUUUAAAGGACUUACCUGUUCAUCUUCAGAGUGUCCCUGGCAGGCUCUUCUGAAGAGUACAGAGUCUGCAGGGUUCUGUAGUGGCGUCAUUCUGAAGGAGAACCUGGUCUUGACUUCAGCUCAGUGCGCCAACAAAUACAACUCUUUCCAGGUGGUGGUCGGCAAGCGCAGCGUCAACAAUGAGGGCGAAGAGCAGACGCUGUACGUAAAGAUCGUCCACGUCCACCCGCGCUAUCAAGGCGCCCACGAAUAUGACCUGGCUGUGAUUGAGCUCCGCGACCGCAUCAUGUUCAAGAAGCAGGUGAUUCCCGUCUGCCUGCCGGAAAAGGCCUUCGCAGAGAGCAUCCUGAUGUCGGGGGAGUUGCCGGCCUUUGUCACCGGCUGGAAGGAACCCAGUCAGGGGGCCGCUUUCGAGGGCCCUCUCGCCCUCAACCAACUCGCGUACAGCCCCCUGCCUCAGUGCCUGGAGGCCCACCCCAACCUGGUGACCAACAAAAUGGGCUGCACCACCCCCCGGACCAACGCUGACUGCACCAUGAGCUCCGGCAGCCCCCUUCUCACCCUCUACAGGGAGGUGUUUUUCCUCACGGGGGUGGUAAGCAAUCCGGUGGGGGCCGACUGCAGCAAAGGCUACGUCUUCCAGAAGGUGUCUCGCUUCCUCGGCUGGCUGCAGCCUCUCAUGGGUUCCCGUUAGGCGGGGUGGUCAACGGAGAACAUUAUACGUUAGGAAAAAUUCAAAUAAUGCAAGUUAAACAGGCAAUUAGAUUAAUCUUUUACUUUAAUAGUUGUCUUAUAAUAAUGAUAAUGAUAAUAUUCUCCUCACAACCGUAAAGUUUUACUCUGGGUUAUUUCUGUCCCUCCUUCAUCCACAAGGUGGUGCUUUUGCAUCAGAGCAGCAAGAACCGUAUUCAAUUAUUCAGCAUGUGUUUUGUGAAGUGAACAAACCAUUUAAUAACCUUCUACUUUAAUAAUAACUACUGUACUGGUUGACAUGCACCUCGUAAAACACUACAGUUAUACAUUGUUCUGUGAAUGUGAUAAACCUAAUUUACACACCU